GAGAGAUCGAGAUUGAGACUCACUCUCUAUCGCCGAACCAGUCAGAACAGUCGCACAAUAAUAUCGAUAAAAUAUAGAGAGACAGUCGGGCCGAUAUAUUAGCACUUUUGAACUUAGCCGAAAUCACAACUCUGUACUUAUAAGUUGAUAUUAUAUUGUUAAUAGUUAAAGUAAAUUCAGUGUCGAAUCAUUUAAGAACCAUCCUGUCGUUUUACUGUUUUUAUCGAAGUAUCAUCGUUAAUAAAUCAAACAAAAUAACAAGGGUCGCGUAUAGGACGUAACCGUCGCAGUCGUUUGAAUAAUCAUUGAACAAUUCCUUUUAAAUACUUUAUUUAGUAAAAAUCUUACAUAAUGUUGACGAAUUGAAGCGACGACAUUACGCGCUCUUAUCAUACUCCCAAGAGCAAAAAGAAAACGCGCGGGAUGAAUGGAACGAGCUGACGUUAAGCCAAGUUAAAGUAGUAAUCCUGUGCAUCUCGUAGAGACGACUGGUGUAUCGCGCAACAUUUUCCCAAGACAUGUCACCCAACGAGCUCCUCGUUCUUCCGGCAAUCUUCUUUGCUUGGUCAGUUCCAGCAUACGCGUAUCCAGAGAACGCGAUGCUGAACGACAACGCACAGGCAUCGAUCAUCGAGACGGUCUUGGAACGCGAACCGGCGACCUUUAAAUUGUACACCAGGCAGAAUUCAUUCGGCGAGGAGCAAUUGUUCCUGAACAACACCGAGAUGUUGUACGCGUCGCACUUCAACGAGAGCAGACCGACCAAGCUUAUCGUUCACGGGUUCAGCGAUACCGGAAACGAAGGCUGGAUACGAGAUCUAAUAGACGCGUAUCUGCUUUAUCAGGAUGUGAACGUGAUAGUCGUCGGUUGGGGAAUUUUGGCGGCCGACGCCUAUCCGGUGGCGGCUAAGAAUACGCGUCUCGUCGGUGAGUAUUUAGGCCAAUUCCUGGAAUUCUUAAAUCGGGACUCGAACCUGGAGUACAAGGACUUGCACAUCAGCGGUCACAGUCUAGGUUCUUACGUGGCGGGUUUCGCCGGAGCUUAUCACGAUGGACUUAUAGGAAGAAUAACAGGAUUGGAUCCCGCAAGUCCUCUCUUCGAGACUAUUUCCGGCGCCGUCGAUCCGGAACAUCGAUUGGAUCCGAGUGAUGCUCAAUUUGUGGACGUGAUCCAUACCAGCGGUCCGGCAUUUGGAUUUCUAGCGCCAUUGGGACACGCCGAUUUUUAUCCCAACGAUGGAAAGAUCCCUCAACCUGGCUGUUCCUACGCGCCAACUAUAAUAUCGCCUUAUGUUACAGCUUACUGCAGCCAUUCGCGGGCGCAUCAACUUAUGACCGAGAGCAUCGGUAGCACGGUGGGUUUCAAAGCGAGAAUGUGCGAGAGUUGGGAGAAAUACAAGGAGCGUCUUUGCGAUUACAAUCCAGUCGUUUUGAUGGGCGAAUACGCUUCCACGUCGCUACGUGGCAAGUUUUAUCUGACGACCAAUGAUGCUCGUCCGUUUGCGCUACAAUAAGCAUUCUAAAUAUCGAUCUUGAUGGAUUUCGACUUGGGAAUAUGCAAACUCAUGAUUAUGGCUCGAGCUGCGAUUGCACAAUCAUCUGUACUAGUCAUUCAUAAGUUACUUUAUUUAUGAAACUUCUAAUUUUGAGCGCAUACCGAACGUACCGGAAUGUAUCUUUAAUAUACGUAUAUAAUGCUGCGUACAUUUAGAAAAAGUACAAAUUACAAUAAUUGAGGUUGCGAUUUUAA